AUAAUACCCUGUUAAACCCUAGCAAUUUCGCGGCUCCUGAUUUCUCUCUCCUCCUCUGUCCCUCUAACGCUGCAGCUAUUCGUAAACCAUCCAAGGAGCUAACUUGAGCUUGUGAAAAUGCUCGUACUGUUUGAGACGCCAGCUGGGUUCGCCCUUUUUAAAGUACUAGAUGAAGGAAAGCUGUCUAAUGUUGAGGAUUUGGGUAAUUUGUUCUCCUCUGCAGCGUCAGCCCGCAAGAUGGUCAAGCUACAAGCUUUUGACAAGUUUGACAACACGUCUGAAGCUCUUGAAGCUGUGGCUAAAUUGCUGGAGGGAGCUCCCAGCAAGGGUCUCCGCAAAUUUCUGAAAGCUAACUGUGAAGGUGAAGCUUUAGCUGUCGCUGACUCGAAGCUUGGAAAUAUUAUCAAGGAGAAAUUGAAAAUAGACUGUGUUCACAACAACGCCGUUAUGGAGCUGCUCCGAGGUGUGAGAAGCCAGUUCACAGAACUUAUUUCUGGUUUGGGGGAUCAAGAUCUAGCUCCAAUGAGCUUGGGGUUGUCUCACAGCCUUGCUAGAUAUAAACUCAAGUUCAGUUCUGACAAGGUGGAUACCAUGAUUAUCCAAGCGAUUGGUCUGCUUGAUGAUCUUGACAAAGAGCUCAACACUUAUGCUAUGAGGGUCCGUGAAUGGUACGGCUGGCAUUUUCCCGAGCUUGCUAAGAUCAUACAAGACAAUAUCCUAUAUGCCAAGUCUGUCAAAUUAAUGGGAAAUCGGAUUAAUGCCGCUAAGCUAGACUUCUCUGAGAUAUUGGCUGAUGAAGUUGAAGGGGAAUUGAAGGAGGCUGCUGUGAUAUCUAUGGGAACUGAAGUUAGUGACCUUGAUUUGAUGCACAUCCGGGAACUCUGCGACCAGGUUCUUUCUCUUGCUGAGUACAGAGCUCAGCUUUAUGACUACUUGAAGAGCAGAAUGAACACAAUUGCACCAAAUCUGACGGCCCUUGUCGGGGAGCUAGUUGGUGCUCGCCUAAUUUCUCAUGGUGGUAGUUUAUUGAACCUUGCAAAGCAACCUGGGAGCACGGUUCAGAUUCUUGGAGCUGAAAAAGCCUUAUUUAGAGCCCUCAAGACCAAACACGCUACUCCAAAGUAUGGUCUAAUUUACCACGCAUCUGUGGUUGGCCAAGCUGCACCGAAGCACAAGGGUAAGAUCUCACGGUCACUAGCUGCAAAAGCUGCACUUGCUAUCCGAUGUGAUGCUCUUGGUGAUGGCCAAGACAACACUAUGGGAGUGGAAAACCGUUUAAAGCUUGAAGCACGGUUGAGAAAUCUCGAAGGAAAAGAUUUAGGACGUCUAUCUGGCUCAGCUAAAGGCAAACCAAAGAUUGAAGUUUAUGACAAGGAUAAAAAGAAGGGAUCUGGAGGUCUGAUCACUCCUGCCAAGACUUACAACAGUGCUGCCGACUCUCUUCUUGGACAAACUCCCAAAGCAGACUCAGCUGAGAACGGUGUCAAAGAGAAGAAAGAUAAAAAGAAGAAGAAGAAGGCAGAUGCAGAGGAAGAAACCAUAACCGAGGAACCGUCGAAGAAGAAGUCGAAGAAGAAGAAGACAGAAGUAGAACCUGAAACCGAAGAACCUGCAAAGAAAGAGAAAAAGAAGAAGAGAAAACACGAAGAAGAAGAAACGGAAAUGCCAGCGAAGAAGAAGGAAAAGAAAGAAAAGAAGGAAAAGAAGAAAAAGAAGACUGAUGUCUGAGGAGAGUUUAAAAUUUUUGCGUGCGUAUGUUUGAUUUUUGUCUUUACCGUUUUAUCAGGAACAAAAAAAUAAUUUGAUUUUCUUUUGCUUUAGGUGUUAAGGUUAGUUAUCUGAAUCUUAAAGAACUCGUUUAGUAAGGUAAUGUGUGGUUUAGUCAUU